CUAGGCCCAGAGUACUGGUGAGAGGGGCGCGGUGCCCCCGUCCGCUUAGUCGGCCGACCAUAGAGCUUUCAGACCUCCAGGAUUCCUAGAGAGCUCCCGGAAGUGGCUUGGGGCAAGAUGCUUGCUGGCCGGUGCUGUGCCUCCGCACGUUUGGAAGUUAGGGGUUGGAGGGGCCUGGUCCGGUUACAGCUUUCGCCCCUUUUUCUACCAGCCCUCCCUCCAGGUCUGUCCACACUUUGCAGCCUCACUUCCCCACCCGGGCCGCCGCUGGAACUCACGAAGUACCCUUAAAGAAGAGGCCCUCAGGUUCUCUUAAGAAGAUAAAGUAGUGGAAACGAGUCUCCUGAGCUUUUCUGGCCCUAAAUGGCUGCAGAAUCAAGGAAGUCUUCAGCCCCAUCCCCACCAGACCAGGCUCCUGAAGAGGACCUUGUAAUCAUCAAGGUAGAGGAAGAUCAUGGUUGGGACCAGGAAUCAAGUCUACAUGAAAAUAACCCUCCUGGCCAAGAGCUGUUCCGCCUGCGCUUCAGGAAGUUAUGCUACCAAGAGACACUAGGACCCCGAGAAGCUCUGAUCCAACUCCGAGCACUUUGCCACCAGUGGCUGAGGCCAGAUUUGAACACCAAGGAGCAGAUCCUGGAGCUGCUGGUGCUGGAGCAGUUCUUGACCAUCCUGCCUGAGGAGCUCCAGACUCUGGUUAAGGAACAUCAUCUAGAGAAUGGAGAGGAGGUGGUGACUCUAUUGGAGGAUUUGGAAAGGCAAAUUGAUAUACUGGGACGGCCAGUCCCUGCUCGUGCACAUGGACAUAGGGUACUCUGGGAGGAGGUCGUGCAUUCCAAAUCUGCACCAGAGCCUCCGGAUACUCAGCUCCAACCUGUGGCAACCCAGAAUGAAUCUCCAGUGCUCCAAGGGCCACAAGACAGAGCCAUAUCUGCUUCACAGAGUCCUACUCCUUCCCAGAAAGGAAGUCCUCGAGACCAGGAGAUGAGAGCUACACUUCUUACAGCAGGGUUCCAGACUUUGGAGAAGAUUGAAGACAUGGCUGUGUCCCUAAUUCGAGAGGAAUGGCUUCUUGAUUCAUCACAGAAGGAUCUGAGUAGAGAUAACAGGCCAGAGAAUUACAGAAACAUGUUCUCCCUGGGUGGUGAGACCAGGAAUGAGAACAGGGAAUUAGCUUCAAAACAGGUAAUAUCUACUGGAAUCCAACCACAUGGAGAGACAGCUGCCAAAUGCAACGGGGAUGUUAUCGGGGGUCUUGAGCAUGGAGAAGCCCGAGACCUUCUGGGCACAUUAGAGAGGCAGCGGGGAAAUCCCACCCAAGAGAGACGACAUAAAUGUGAUGAAUGUGGGAAGAGCUUUGCUCAGAGUUCAGGUCUUGUUCGCCACUGGAGAAUCCACACUGGGGAGAAACCCUAUCAGUGUAAUGUGUGUGGUAAAGCCUUCAGUUACAGGUCAGCCCUUCUUUCCCAUCAGGAUAUCCACAACAAAGUAAAACGCUACCACUGUAAGGAGUGUGGUAAAGCCUUCAGUCAAAACACAGGCCUGAUCCUGCACCAGAGAAUCCAUACUGGGGAGAAGCCGUAUCAGUGCAAUCAGUGUGGGAAGGCUUUCAGUCAGAGUGCGGGCCUUAUUCUGCACCAGAGAAUCCACAGUGGGGAGAGACCCUAUGAAUGUAAUGAGUGUGGGAAAGCUUUCAGUCAUAGCUCACACCUCAUCGGACAUCAGAGAAUCCACACUGGGGAGAAGCCCUAUGAGUGUGAUGAGUGUGGGAAAACCUUCAGGCGGAGCUCACAUCUUAUUGGCCAUCAGAGAAGCCACACUGGGGAGAAACCCUACAAAUGCAAUGAGUGUGGGAGGGCCUUCAGUCAAAAGUCAGGCCUUAUUGAACAUCAGAGAAUCCACACUGGAGAAAGACCCUAUAAAUGUAAAGAAUGUGGGAAAGCUUUCAAUGGGAACACUGGCCUCAUUCAGCAUCUGAGAAUUCACACAGGGGAGAAGCCCUAUCAAUGUAAUGAGUGUGGGAAAGCCUUUAUUCAGAGGUCAAGUCUCAUUCGACAUCAGAGAAUCCACAGUGGAGAAAAAUGGUAUAAAUGCAGUGAGUGUGGAAAGAAGUUUGCCCAGAGCUCAAGCCUUGUUCGACAUCGGAGAAUCCACACCGGAGAGAAACCCUAUGAGUGUGAUCACUGUGGAAAAGCCUUCAAUGCACGCUCAACCCUCACUGUGCAUGAAAGAAUCCACACUGGUGAGAAACCCUAUACUUGUAAUGAGUGUAGGAAAGCAUUCAGUGUGAGGGCACACCUAAUUAUACAUCAGAGAAUCCACAAUGGAGAGAAACCCUAUGAAUGUAAUGAAUGUGGCAGAGCAUUUAGUGUGAGCUCAGACCUCAUCAAACAUCAGAGAAUCCACUCUGGUGAGAAACCUUAUGAGUGUGAUGAGUGUAGGAAAGCCUUCAGCGUGAGCUCAGACCUCAUCAAACAUCAGAGAAUCCACACAGGAGAGAAGCCAUAUGAGUGUAAGGAGUGUGGGAAGGCCUUCUAUGUGAACUCAGCCCUUACUAAUCACCAGAGGAUUCAUUCUGGAGAAAAGCCCUAUAAGUGUGGAGAAUGCAGGAAAGCAUUCAGCCAGAUCUCAACUCUUAUUCUUCAUCAGAGAAUCCAUACUGGAGAGAAACCGUAUGAGUGUGACGAGUGUGGGAAAGCAUUCCGUGGGAGCUCUAAUCUUACUAAACACCAGAAAAUACAUGCCAAAGGAAAGUGUCAUCAGUGACUUACAUGGUGAAGAUAUUACAAAGGCCUUUUUUUUUUAAUAUCAGAAGUUGUCACCAAAGGAAGGGUAUGGUAAAAGUUAAUGUUUUAAUUGACACUUCGUUUCUUGGACUAUCAAAGAAGUGAGAAGUCAAUGAAAAAGGACUCCAUCAUCGUAAUGAUUGACUUAAGUCUCUAAGAUCACAUCUACUUCUGAGAACGCAGUUUUACUACUCAUAAGGUAAAUUAUAGCAUAAUAUAGUUUGUUAUGGUUUAGUAAGAGCAAACUUCAGUAUUUCAAACAUGAUUUUUCCUUUUCUUAUGUGCAAGCCUUUUGUUGUUGUUGUUGCUACCAGUAUUAUAGGUGAAACAUUAAAUUUUGAAAUUGGAAGUAAUGUUGGUUGGUGAGACAGGGACUACAUGUCCUCAUUGAAUCUGCAAAUAACUAACCUAUUGGUCUUGAUUUCUUUGGCUUUAAUGUACUGCUAUGCUCUUAGAGACGGUUAAAUGAGUUAGUGACCUCGUGGCAGAAGGCAUACUCUCUUUUUGGCUAGGAAUCCCAACUGAUAAUUCUUCAAAGUUAUUCUUUUUUUUUUUUUUUUUUUGACCAUGCCAUGCGGCUUGCAGGAUCUUAGUUCCCCAACCAGGGAUCAAACUCGGGCCCUCUGCAGUGAAGGGGCUGAGUCCUAACCACUGAACCGCCAGGGAAUUCCCUCUUCAAGGUUAUUCUUGCUUAGUUAAAGCCCCAGGCCUGGCUAAGACUCCGCAUUCCCAACGCAGGUGGCCCAGGUUCGAUCCCUGGUCAGGGAACUAGAUCCCACAUGCCGCAACUAAGAGUUCGAAUGCCCAACUAAAGAUCCCGCAUGCUGCAACGAAGAUCCCAUUUGCUGCAGCCAAGACCCAGCGCAGCCAAAUAAAUACAUAAAAAUAGAUGAAUUUUUUUAAAAAGGCUAAUUAUAAGCCCCAGGCCUUUUGGACUUAAUAAUCCAAUAAACCCCAGAACUUAACUGAGCUUCCUAAACCAAAAACCUCUCAAAAGAGUGUCAGGUGCUUCCGACCCUUGCAUUCAGUGUUUCUCAAAGUGUAAUGUGGCAUAUGCAAAGACUCAGAGGUAUGAGAAUGGAACAAGCUUGGGGAACUGUUGUUGAGUUGGGGUUGGCAUUAGUCUUAGGAUGGCUUUCAACGAUCUGUUUGAGAAUAGAGAUGCAGACGUAGAGAACAGAGGUGUAGACACGGGGGUGGGGGGAUGAAUUUGGAGAUUGGGAUUGACAUAUGUGCACUGCCAUGGUGUAAAACAUGGCUAGUAGGAACCUACUGUAUAGUGCAGGGAGCUCAGCUUGGUGCUCUGUGGUGACCUAGAUGGGUGGGAUGGGGUGGGGGUGGGAAGGAGGGGAUAUAUAUACACAUGUAGCUGAUUCACUUCGUUGUACAGCAGAAACUAACCCAACAUUGUAAAGCAACUAUACUCCAAUUAAAAAAAACAAUGAUCUAUCUGAGUGACUAUGUGAAACGAUAUCUGUAAUCAACCAGGAGAGCUCAGAUUUGGGAGGUGGUAGAAAGUUAAUGAAUUCAGUUAGAGAAAUGUCUUUGUUAUAUCUGUGGAAAUCCCAGUAGAGCUGUUCACCAGACUAUAGCCUAACUUCCUAACUAUCCCCAGGCCUAAAACUCAAACUCUGUAUUCUCUGCACAUAUGAAACUCAAAGGAAAUCUGGACUUUAAAAUUACUUUGUUAUUAUUUUUCUAUUUUAGUAGUGAUUUCUUACUCCUGGGUAAUGGGCCUGAAAUCCUUUUGAUCCCUGAAACUUAGUAAUUCGAGGUUCAAGGUGAGCACCAAAUUGAUAGAAAUUGCAGAUUGCUUUGGUCCACACUGUGGACAAGUAGGAGGGAACACUCUGUGGGAAGUUGAAGUGGUAUUCACUUCAGAGUAAGACUCUGUGUUGCAAAGGAUGCACAGUUUCCCUGAAUUCUCAUCAGCAAUUCAAGCAAGUCAGCUAUAAGGCACACUGGAUUCCAGGUAGCUUAAGCUAACUUGUGCCCUCAAACACUGAGGUCACAGACGCAUGUUAAAAAGCACAUCAUGAAGUCUCUGUUAUUGAGAUGGUGCUUACCACACUACUCAGGUAACUUUAGGCCUGGACAUGGGGCCUGAAGGUAGAGAAUGUCAUGGUUCUGCAGCUCAAAUUGAGGAGAUAGGACCUCAAUCAGGGCAUGAGGCAUGUUACAGAAAGUAAGGCACGUACUUACAGGCAGUGAAGGGCCUCAAAGAAGCACCAGGAAGUUGACUGUGCUAUGCUGGGUUGAAGGUGUUAAUUCUUUGCCUUACUUUUUCCUGUCUUUGGCAAUUGAAGGACACUGUGGUUUCCCCCUGCUCUGCUCUGGAGAGACUUCCCUGUCACCCCCUGUCUAUGUUGUUAUCGCCAUUGUUUUCAGUAUUUACCUCUUUGGGCCCAGCUGUCUUGGUUUGUUCAUAGGAUGGUGGUUUGCAGGCAGAGUCGUCUGGGUGGAGCACACCCUUCUGGGAUCAGCACUGAAGUGAUGCCAUAUCCCACCCAGACCAGCACAACUGUGAUUCCUAAGCAGUAAGUGAUGGUAACUCCUGGCCUUAAGUAAGGAGUCUGUUUCAAAGCAGAGUUUUCCAGAAGAAGUCUAACAAACAAGGGAGAUGUUCAGAAGACUAAGUGGGAACAUCAUCAGGGGCUCCACACUGGACAAGUUCAUGGACUUCUGAAUAAUUUACCCAAGUGAGAGAGGAGCUCCUUUGAGGACGCACAACUUACAUUGCCUCAAGCCAUGGAGAAUAUCACUCCGAUAAAGAGGCCUAAGAUACCUGGGAGAAUUCACCCUGAAGUUCAGUCCUGUCGAUGCUGUGGGCAUGGGAAAUUCUGCAUUCAGCUUGUGCACAAUUUCCAACUUCAACUGUAAUAAAAGAAGCAGCCACUCGUAAAGCGAGUGGAAGUCACCAAACCAAAAAUAUCCCUCCCUCAUAAGACAAACCCUGGUACACCAGCAUCCCUGACCAAGCACCAGCACAUCCAAACUUAAAGAAAGCCCUAUAGAUCCUCAACCAGGAACGACCUUCAGUGUAAUCCCAAGUCUCAAUAAACAACAGAGAAGCCAUCCUGAAGAGAGUUUCAUGAGAAUAAAGAAUGUGGCAAAACCUUCAGACACUGGAGUGGUCUUAGACAUCAGAGAACCCUUGGGGAUAUCUUCAGUGUCAGAAGCCUUCUCUGUGAGGUCAAGUCUCAUUAAACAUAAGCAAAUUCAUUUUGGACAGGGACUUUAUCUAUGUCACGAAUGUGGCAAAGCCUUUAAGUUCUCUGAUAGCCUUGCUAAACAUCAGAGAAUCCAUACUGAAGAGAAAACUUAUUGGUGUAAAGAGUAUAAUACUGUAGGAUUCAUUGUGUUUCGAGUCUGGUCACCCGCCAAAGAACCCACAAUGGAAAGCACCAUUAUGAAUGUAGUGAGUGGGGGAAGGCCUUUGUUUGGAAGCCAGCACUUAAUUACCAGAAAACCCAUGCUAGAGAGAAAAUCCAUAAAUAUUAAAAUGUGGGAAGGCCUUCACUUAAAAGCUCAAUCUUAUACAUUGGAAAAUCCAUACUGGAACAAAACGCUAUGUAUGUAUGACCACUGUGGGGACGCUUUCAGCGUUAGCUCAACUCUUAAAGUGUAGCAAAGAUUCCUUGUAGGGGAAAGCUCUUUAAGGGUAAAUAAUGUAGGAAAGCCUUCAGUCAAAGUUCAUAUCUUAUCAGGAAUUCCCUGGCAGUCCAGUAGGACUCCAAACUUUAACUGCCCCCCACCCCCAUCAAAAAGAAAGAAAGAAAAAAAAAGUUCAGAUCUUAUCAAACAUCAGGAUCCACACUGGAGAGAAGCCUUAUGACUGGGACAGGUGUGGGAAAAUCUCUUGAACUCAUCUCUUACUAAACAUCAGAGGAUACACAACAAAAAUGAACCUCAAUAGUCAAAUAUGUGGUAGAGGUAUAACAUAGAACUUUUCAACAUCAAAUGUCACCACUGAGAAAAAACCCAAUUGCAAAAAAUCACUUUAACUGGCAUCAUUUUAUGCAGUUAGACAAGUAUUACCAGAGAGACUUUGUCAGGUCACUUUGGGCAAAGCUGAAUUAAAACAGAUUCCUGUGACAAAUCUCAGUGGAUAUUUAACUGUCUUUGGCACAGUUAGCUUUUCAUUUUCUACAGUAAAUGUAGAGAGAGUAGGGGGAUGUCUUUAAAACUAACCACAACCUUGGAUAAUCCAAAUAUUAUUUAUUACAUUUAUUUUUUGUUUGGAAUUCAUGAUGCUAAUUAAAUACUUUUUCUAAGAAUGA